AAUGGUUCUGUAAAUUUGAGUUGCAAUAUCAAAAAGUUUGGGGGACCAUGGCAUGUGGCACCAGAACAAUCUUUGUCAAUAAAUCACUAAUACUCUAUAUGCAGUUUAUCUGUUAGGAAACAAGUUCUUUCUGUGUAAGAAAGCAAUAAAAUACUUUAGAAACAAGAAAACACUUCCAAGUAGAGGUGAGAGAAACCAUUUGUCAGUGAAGCUUGUAUGUAAAUCAGCAGCUGAUGACAGCUGCAACACAAUGUCAACAGUACAAGACUCUGUGUGCACUAGUUUGUUGGCUUUUUUCCAUUUCUUAUGUAAACCAUUGAGAAAAAAACACAAACUGAAUUGAAACACAUUACACACUGUCAUUUAUAACAUUAUAUAUACAGUAUAUGUACGGCUAUUGAAUAUCAAAGAGCGAUGAAUGCAACACAAACACCUCAUGCUGUCUUAGACUAUCAGAUCUAAUUUUAACUCCAUCCUCUGGCUCUCCAAGAAUGGAAGUUUUGGAUGAUCCAUCUGUGGCCUAAACUUAGUGCCUGUGUCUGCUCAGAUCUGUUUGUGUCACACUGACCCUUAGUUUUCUAGUUUACAUGUCUCUCUCUCUGGAUACUCCACGCGCUUUAAAGCAUGAGUUUAAUGGACAUUUCCAAGAUCUUUUCUCUUCUCCAACCCAAAGAGGAAGAGGAAGAGGACAACAAUAACUGUCAGCAGCUGAAUCAAGCUGUCAUUAAUGAUGAUGAAAAACAUCUCGCUGAGCUUCUGUCUCAGGAAAAGUACAAGAGAUGCAUCAAUAACCGAAGCGGCUGGGGGAUCCCCGUCACUCCGCUGCGUACGGCGGCAGCUCACGGACACCUUCACUGUCUUAAGCUUCUUCUGGCUAAUGGGGCUGAAGUGGACAGCCUGGAUGUCAAAGCCCAAACUCCGCUUUUUACGGCUGUCAGUGCAAAACACUUUGACUGUGUUGUCGCUUUAUUAAAAGCUGGCGCUAACCCUAAUGGAAGCCCGCACAACAACUGUUCCCCUGUAAUGACUGCGGCCAGGGAAGGUGAUGUCGAUAUUUUGAGGGAGCUCUUGAAACAUGAGGCUGAGAUAGAUGUCAAACCCAAGAUGCCGGAGUUUGCCUUCAAUGCCACGGCCUGCCGAGGGCCUCUAUACAUUUCGGCCGUUUACGGCCAUCUAGAUUGUUUCAAACUGUUGCUGCGGCACGGAGCGAAUCCAGACUACAACUGCACUGAUGGAAAGAUCCUGAGCCGAAUCAAACAACCUAAAACUGUGCUGGAGACGUGUCUCAAAAAUGACUGUGGGCUUGAAUACAUUCAGCUUCUCAUAGACUUUGGAGCAAAUGUCUAUCUACCAUCUUUAAUAAUAGAUGAUGGCACCAGAGAGAAUGAAUCUGUAAUGCUACUGCUCAGAGAAAGAGUUUAUCCAAAAACACUGAUGUCUCAGGCCCGGCUUUCAAUACGAAGAUGUCUUCCUAUGUCCAACAAAAUAUACUUCAUAGACAGUCUGGAUAUUCCCCAAGUACUAAGGAACUAUCUGAAUCACAUAUCCUGAUUUUUGUCCAACACAUCUGUUAUACCAUUUCUACUUUUUCCUUUUGUACAAUUUUGUGAUCUUUUUUAGGAUGAGUCUAAAUAUGACUACAAUUGCCCUAUUUAUAAUAUUUAUGAAUAUUUAAGUAUUUGUGGAUUUUUGUGUUGAUGUACGAUGAAUGCAACAGAUAAAAAUGCUGAUGUUCAUUUGUAUAGUUUCUGUUGUUUGUAAAAUGAUAAAUAAUGCAAAACACUGCCUUCUAAUGGUUAAGAUAUUGUAUUAACUUCUGUAUUUACGAGACACGAUCUGCUAAUAAAC